ACACCAUCACCUAAACGUAAGCCACUACGGUAAAUACCAGCCAUUGCAACUGUAAGUGGCUCACAGAGCGCACCUUCCUCAUAUGAAACAUUAUCUGGUAAUUUGUGAAGCCAAGCGGCCGGAUGCAAAUGAUAGCGGCUCAUUGUACCAAAGUGUGGUGGAGUGGAAAAGAAAAUAUCAUUUUCACAAGCGUUAUAGCGGCCAAUCUUGCAGAAGUGGCAUUGUCCACAUGGAAUACCCGCUUCGAUGGCGACUCUAUCGCCAACCUUCCAUUCAGUUACACCUUCACCAACUCUAGAUACUUCACCAGCACUUUCGUGACCACAUCCACAAAUAGAACGGACGACCAUAUCGCCGAUGUGUCCAUGUUGUGAAAAGUGUACGUCACUUCCACAAAUACCGGUUGCUCUCACUUUAACUUCAACUUGCCCUGGUGAUGGAUCCAAACGUGGCUUCUCAACGAACUUGUUAACGUGGUCGACAUCGUAACAAAGUGCAAUGUUCUUUCCAGUACCUUUGGCUGGCUUCUCCUUCAAAAUCUUGAACUCUGGGUGCUCAACAAUUCUCUUUGGGUCAUAAAGUUGUCUAUCUGACAUUUUGGCUUUCGAAGUAGUAAUAAAAAGAUACAUAUGCUCGCUUAUGUACUUCUCGGGGAACUUCCGAGUUUGUCAUCGCUUAAUACGUCACGUUCAUGAGUUUGAUAAAGAUUGCUUUGGUCAUAAAAAUGAAUUUCGGUUGAUAAAUAAGAAGGCAGCGGAUCUCUCCAAUAAAAACUAAUUAAAUAUCUAUCCUUCUUCAUGAAUAUCGGAAGUCUCCGUCUUGACUAAGAUGAAACAUAAUAUUUAAGAGAAAUUUAAUGGAAGGAGGCUCUGAUUAUUAAUUCCAUUAACAUCGAACAUGGCAUCAAAUCUACAAGCAUCUUCUCUCUUCAACAUAGAAGGAUGGGUUACAGUUGUUACUGGUGGUGGCAGUGGCCUAGGAAAGAUGAUGGCUACAUGCUUAGCUCAAAAUGGUGCUAGAGUUUACAUUACCGGUCGUCGCUUUGAAAAACUACAAGAGACAGCAUCCACUUACACAGACAGGAUCUUCCCUGUUGCUGCCGACUCAACAAAAAAAGAAGACAUCCAAUCUAUCAUCAAAUACAUCAGCCAAAGAGAGGAUCAUGUGGAUCUGCUUAUCAACAACAGUGGUGUAUCGACUGUGAAGGCUGAUUUGGAUGCUAAUCGUUCAUCAGAAGCAGUUUCAAAAGCAAUGUUUGAGCAGAGCUUUGACGAUUGGACAAGUCCAUAUGCUAUUAAUGUAGCUGCUAUUUACUUCACAACUGCUGCUUUCAUUCCACUUCUCACUGCUACUCAAAAGCACAGAGGUGAAUCAGGAAACGUCAUUAACGUUACGUCGGUUUCUGGUAUCAUUAAGAACAGCCAAGGUGGUCAAUUCUCAUACAACGCAUCAAAAGCUGGAGCAGUUUCUCUCACAAAUCAGUUAGCGUUAGAACUCGCUCGUCCACAUCUCGGUAUCAGGGUAAACCAGCUCGCUCUUGGAUACUUCCCAUCUGAGAUGAGUCCAAUCCUUCCAGGUGACAAUAAAGGUGAGUAUCAGAGUAAAUGGAACAUCCCAUUUGGCCGUCCUGGACAUGCAGCGGAUCUCUCAAAGGUUAUACUCAAUUUGGCUACAAACGGAUAUAUGAGUGGUAGCAUUGAAGUAGUUGAUGGUGCUUAUAUUCUCGCCUCUGACAAUGUAGAUCUGAGCAAAUAUGUAUAAGCUUAUCUAUUUCCCUGUAAUAGAUAUAUAAAUAUUUUCUAUCU